CUAUGGGGAGGGACAGGAGUAGACAACCUUUUGAUUCACCUUAUUUGAUUUACCUAAGCAGGAGUAUCUUCCGGGCUGUUUUGUUAGCGAAAGGGGGCGUGGAUUACCGUAAAUCCUAAUGUAAUGCAGCUGUUAGGAUAGCCUGCAUAAUGUCAUUGACUACCUUCUUUUUUAUCUUUCUUUGGAGCAGUUUUGCUUCAAAAUGAUAAGAUCUAAUCGCGGAAAAAAUGCCACUAGACCAACAGGAACUCGAGCUAACAUUGGCGCUGUCACUGCUCCUAUCCCGCAUUGACAGCUGGGUUACGCGGAGGCUCGUCGGUCGUAUGCUUUGUGUGAUGCGGGAAGCUGCUGAACGUUUUGUAGUGGAAUGAAAUCGACAUUGUGAUAAGGACUUUGUUCAUCUUUUCAUUUAAAACGGAGUUUGAAAUUCGGCAAGGAGAGAUGAAGAAUCUACCCCCUGGGAUAGUCCUGACGUUUUUUAUAUUUUUAGAGUGCAUAGAGGCCAAAAAGUACUGCUGGUAUUUUGAAGGCGGAUACCCCAUCUACUUUAUAUGCCGCUCGUACGAGGACUGCUGCGGGACCCGCUGCUGUGUCCGAGCCCUCUCCAUCCAGCGGCUAUGGUACUUCUGGUUGAUGCUGAUGAUGGGGGUGCUAUUCUGCUGCGGAGCGGGCAUCUUCUUCCGCAGGUGCAUUCACCCCUCGCCCCUCAGCGACGAGCAUGCCUUCAACGUCUCCUUUACCAGGCAGCCUGUAUCCACGCCAGUAUCCCAGCAGCCUGGCAUGGUAGGCUAUGGCGACCCCGGCGGCGUCAUGACUUCCCCCCUCAGCCCCGUCUACCCCAUCCAGCCCGGCCCCGCCCAUAUGAUGAACGACUACCCUCCACCGCCCUCGUACUGCAACCACCCACCCCCGCCUUACGAACAGAUUUUUCGGACACCAGAGAAGAAGUAAGUCUCAGCGUCGUUCCCUCCGUUCCUUCUACUUCGUUGUGACAUCACCAGCAGAACGGACAAGGACAGGAGGGGGCAGCCACAGUGUCCACUGUUAUACUGUCAGCCCAAGUGGUCACCCAGGUCACAGGUCACAGGAAACUAACCACCUAGAGGAACAAACUGUCCUUCCUGAGGACCUGGAUACAGACCGGCUAAAUAUGUCUCCACGGUUUGUAUUUUCACAAUCAUUCAUCCUUUCUAAUUUACACAAAAGUAUAAUUAUAUAUACCAGUCUUUUUCUGCUGGCAGUGCCAUCUUGAUGAGCAUGGUCUGUGACCUGAUCUGUAGUGAGGCACUCGGACUCCUGUAAAUGACACUAAACUGAGGAAUUUCAAUGGAGACCCAAGAUCAGCACAUUGCUUUUAGACGAACAGAAUCAUUUUAGCAUUAUGGUAGAGUAAGCUGACCUAGGACCAGCACAUUGCUUUUAGACAAACAGAAUAAUUUUAGCAUUAUGGUAGAGUAAGCUGACCUAGGACCAGGGCAUAAGAACAGACACUGUCUAAAACUGUACACGAGUGACAGCAAAUUGGAGUUGAAAGCCACCUUGGAGAAGUUAAAACACGAGGUGUUUUAAAUAGCUUAAAUGGUUAAAGACUCUGUUAGGAGGCUGACUUGCGUCCACACUAAUUGGGCUGCUUGUCUUCUCCUGAAUCCUGUGACUAUAAACACUCCGGGCAGGAAGUCUGAUCGCAAUGAAGGAGGGAAACGGACCUGGAUUUAUCAGACCUAUUAUGUGCGUUGGAGAGAGCGGUAAUUUGGAGAGGCAGAUUUUUUUUGUUUAUUCACAUUAUGGACGCGUGUAUUCCUACUGUGCGGACUGUGGUGAUUCAUCCCUCUGGAUCGGCAAGAAAUCCAAUCAACCAGCCGGACUCCAAAUUGAGACCAAGUCAUGUGGUUUCCAUUGUGACAAUUUCAGCCAGUAACAGCUUUCACCCUAGACAUGCCAACGCCAUAUUCUCUAAGAAUCCAGUUCCACUCAAAGCCAGAUUUUUUUUUUAACCAUCACAGAGGUUCAGCCAUGGUUUUUCAGAGAUCUGGACUUCAGUUAGUAUAGUAAGGAGCUCGACCAGAAUGUGGAUUAACUCAAAUCAAUGCGUUUGUUCCGCAUGCAUGCAGGUUGCAACUGGAUCACGUUUCACUGAGGAGCUCAAGGACAUUGUAUACUGUACCUUCGAAGUAUUCACAUCCCCCUGUCUUUUUCCACAUGUAGUUGUUACAAAGUGGGAUUAAAAUGAUCUGUCUUUUUUUUUGUGUCAACGAUCUACACAAAAUAUUCUACAGCCACCACUAGGCUUGAUGAUAUGGAGAGGGGUACUCAGUAAUGCGAUGUUUGGGGCAAAUCCAAUACAAAACACUUUUUCAGGACAAAAAGUGAAUUGCUUUGCCACAUUUUUUGCAGUGUUAUUUUAGUGCCUGGUUGGAAACAGGAUGCAUGUUUUGGAAUAUUUGUAUUCUGUACAGGCUUCCUUCUUUCUACUCUGUCCUUUAGGUUAGUAUUAUGGAGUUACUACAAUGUUGUUGAUCCAUAUUCAGUUCUCCUAUCAUCUCCUAUUCUCCUAUCACAGCCAUUAAACUCUGUAACUGUUUUAAAGUCACUAUGGUGAAAUCCCUGAGAGGUUUCCUUCCUCUCCGACAACUGAGUUAGGAAGGACGCCUGUAUCUUUGUAGUGACUGGGUGUAUUGAUACACCAUCCAAAGCCUAAUUAAUAACUUGACCAUGCUGAAAGGGAUAUUCAAUGUCUUUGUGGUUGAAUCUGUUUGAAAUUCACUGCUUGACUAAAGUACCUUAUAGAGAUAAUUUUGUGUGGGGUACAGAGAUGAUUUAAAAAAUCACGUUAUACACUUACUGUGGAGUGUCCAUGCAAUUUAUGUGACUUAAGCACAUUUUGACUCCUGAACUUAUUUAGGCUUGCCAUAACAAAGGGGUUGAAUAUUUAUUGACUGAAGACAUGACACAUUUUGAAUGAAUUUGUCAAAUAUAUUCUUAACCUAAAUUCCACUUUGACAUUAUGGGAUUAUUGUGUGUAGACCAGGGACAAAUCUCAAUUUAAGGAAUUUUAAAUGCAGGCUGUAACACACAAUUUUGGGGGAAAAAGUCCAGGGGUGUGAAUACUUUUCUGAAGACACUGUGUAUGGGAAGCGUUGACUAAUGACAUACUCUGGUAGAAUUGACGGAUUCUCAAUUUCUGCGCUGCAACAAAUCUCUAGAAAAUGUAGUGGUAGUCACAAACGCUAACGGCACUCUUCAAAUCAAAUGUUAUUGGUCACAUAUUUAGCAGAAAAAGAAAAACGCACACCUAUUUAGGCGAGGUGCUGGCUAGCGGAGUAGAAAACUUAAAUAAAGGAGAGCCGCACACUCUAGGAGCUCAGAUGCAUCGGCUCUGCUUUAUUUUCACAUAGACAUAUUUAGCGGAUGUUAUUGCGGGUGAAAUGCUUGUUAAAGUUGCUUAGGAGCACAGCUGUCAUAUCUUACUACUUUCAGUAGCCUAGUUGUUCAAACAAGCAGAAUGUUAUUGGUCAACUGGUCCUGCAUUAGGUACAACUCUGUAAAUUGGUAAAAAAAAAUGAUUUCAUGUAUAAAUCUGGAAGCAUUUAAUUUCAGAUAACACAUUUCACAAGACAACCAUUCUACAUGAUGUGUAUAGUAAAGACUCCAUGUGACUGGCAAUUGGUUGAGUAGUUCCUAGACCCUGGUAUGGACCCACGAUUUGGGGGGGGGG